AAGGGCGUUUAAAGGGCGAAGAGAAAAAGGAGGGGACAAACAACAAAAGUUUGUAGCUAUUGUUGUUAUACGUCCCCUCUUUUCACCAAUCAUCACUCUCUUCAGAUCCCAAACUAGGACUUAUUCUUGUAUCAUAUCUUUGAUUCAAUUCCUUCCUUAAUGUUUUCUUGGUUCUUUGGGAUGCUUUAACCUUCCAAAAGAGCCAUACAUUGCAUCCAAAAGAAUCUAGCAAAAGAGGAAGGGAUUGAAGCUAAGGUUGAUAUAUAUAUAUAUAAUAAUAAUCUGAUCGAAGAUGGGAGCUUGUGUCUCGCUACAUUCGGCGCUGACAAUGAAAAGACCGAGGAACCGGCGGCCCAUCGAUCCGGAAAACGUGAGAGGGGGCGGCAGCCGGACUCGGGCGCCUCGAUCGCAGAAGAUUUCUCGGCAGAUCAGGGUGCUGAACGAGAGCCAUAAUGCGACGGGGGACGGGAUUUCGAAGAAGUACGAGUUCGGGAAGGAGCUGGGGAGGGGGGAGUUCGGGGUGACGUACCUGUGCACGGAGAAGGAGACGGGGGAGAGCGUGGCGUGCAAGAAGAUAUCGAAGAGCAAGCUGAGGACGGAGAUUGACGUGGAGGAUGUGAGGAGGGAGGUGGAGAUCAUGCGCCAUUUGCCCAAACACCCCAACAUUGUGAGCUACAAGGAGGUGUAUGAAGAUAAGGAGGCUGUGUAUCUUGUGAUGGAGCUCUGCGAGGGCGGCGAGCUCUUCGAUAGGAUCGUCGCUAAAGGCCAUUACACUGAAAGAGCGGCCGCUCUUGUCACCAAGACCAUUCUUGAGGUUAUCCAGGUAUGCCAUAAACAUGGAGUGAUUCACAGAGACCUUAAACCGGAGAACUUUUUAUAUGCAAAUGGUAAUGAAAAUGCGCCCUUGAAAGCUAUAGAUUUCGGUCUCUCCAUCUUCUUCAAACCCGGCCAACGCUUCAAAGAAAUUGUUGGGAGCCCAUACUACAUGGCUCCAGAAGUUCUUCGUCGUGAUUAUGGGCAUGAAGUUGAUGUAUGGAGUGCUGGUGUUAUUCUUUAUAUCUUGCUAUGCGGUGUUCCCCCUUUCUGGGCAGAAACUGAAGAAGGAAUAGCGCAUGCAAUAGUGCGAGGAGAUAUAGAUUUCAAGAGGGAUCCUUGGCCAAAGAUCUCAGAAGAUGCAAAGGAUCUUGUCAAAGGAAUGCUUGACGCAAAUCCUUAUAGUCGAAUGACUAUUGAAGAAGUUCUUGCACAUAAAUGGAUUCAAAAUGCUGAGACAGUACCAAAUGUUCCUUUGGGAGAAGGCGUUACCACAAGGAUUAAGCAGUUCACUUUGAUGAAUAAAUUCAAGAAAAGGGUUCUCAUGGUGGUAGCAGAAAAUUUGUCACAAGAUCAAGUGGAAAGCAUCAAAGAAAUGUUUCACAUGAUGGACACAGACAAAAAUGGAAACUUGUCCUUCGAAGAGCUCAAAGAUGGGUUGAGUAUGAUGGGGCAACCUGUUGCAGAUCAUGACGUGCAGCUGUUAAUGGAUGCCGCGGAUGUAGAUGGGAAUGGAAUGCUGAACUGCGAAGAGUUCAUUACAUUAGCAGUACACUUGACGAAUUUGAGCAACGACGAUAAUCUCCACAAGGCGUUCCUCAUCUUUGACAAGGACAAUAGUGGAUACAUUGAAUUUGAAGAGCUGAGAGAUUAUCUGUUGGAGAUAGAUGAUGAUAAUAAAAACGACCAAGUGGUGCAAGAGAUUAUAUUCGAUGCGGAUUUGGACAAGGAUGGAAGAAUAAGCUUUCCAGAGUUCAAAGCAAUGAUGACCACCGGCACCGACUGGAAGAUGGCUUCCCGGAAAUACUCUAAAGUCAUGUUGAACGCACUUAGCGUCAGGCUUUUCAAAGACAAGUCCGUCCAAAUCAAAAAGUAAUUAAUUCAUAUAUAUAUAUAUAUAUAUAUAAUGCUUCAUUCAUGCCUAGCUCCUCACUGCUAGAUACAUACGUGCUGCAUGCGCAGGAAUAUAAUUUAAUUAGGAUAUAUAUCUAUAUAUGAAAUUGAGAGCAAAGUGUUUGAUCCUGCUUUCACACAGAUCUAACAAAAAAUAUGUAUAUUGUUUGCUUUGUAUACAUACCAUUUAUAAAAUGAUGACAAUUUUGAGGAUGAGCACCACAAUUAACUAACAACAAUUUAU